AUGGCCAUGGCCGAACCCUUUGCUUUGAUUGCUUUUCGGCCGCCGCCGUCCUCAUGGCCGGGAAAACUGCUGGGGUCUUCGACCCUUCACCCAGCACCGCUGGAGCUGGGGCCAGGGCCACGGGCAAGGAGACGGAAUGUUAGACAAGGUCUUUCCAGCCUCAGUUCCAGCAUUCCUUUGUAUCUACUCAGUGCUUCGGCAGCUUCACUGGCUCUUGAAAGCCGGACAAUACUGGGGAGAAGAAUUACGAGCCCGUUGCUAUCAUUUGGCUUUGGAUGGAUGCUAAGGACAUUCAGUAUUCUGCCGCUAUACCAUCCCAUGUAUGAUUAUUUGUCGUCGCGUUUGCUACCUGCAGCUCUCCCUUUGAUGGUUCUCUCAGCACAGGCUCGACAGGACAGAAGACAAUCCAAGAACAGUUCCAACAUGUUGCGAACUUUGAUAGCCUUUUUGGUGUGCUCCCUGGCUUCUUGUGGCGGUGCCAUUGCUGCAUUCUUUAUCGCGCUUUACUCUGUGACUUACUUUCCAACAUCGAGCUUGGCCAAUAUUCCAACUGCCCUAGUGUCCAAAGUCUGUGGAUGCUUGGUGGCGACAUACAUUGGGGGCAGCGCAAACUUGGCUGAAGUUGCUUGGGAAACUGGUUUGGCCAAGGAUGCUCAAGGCUUCUUGGGCUGUUUGGCCGCUGCUGAUGUUCUGCUGAUGUGCUUCUAUUUUGCCGGGCUGAUGUUGGCAGCAAAGUUCUCAAGAGUGGGGAGGUAUGGAGUGACCGGCUUUGACAACACAUUUGCGAAGAUGGAAACAACGGAAGAGGAUAUGAUGAGCCUUUGGAGCAUAUUGGCACUUCGUGUUUGGUUGGCGACCACAGCUUUGUGUGUUUGUUCCUUGUCCCUUUCUUGUGCUUCACGUUUGAAGCUUCCUGGUGCCAACUCUGCCAUGGCUGUGAUUCUUGCAGUUGUGCUGGCUCAAUCAUGUCGCCUGUGGGCGUCAUCCCAACAGUGCCAUAGAGUGGCUGGAAGUGGUGCCUAUGUUGCGCAGUUGUUCUUGGGCUGCUUCUACACAACACUAGGCAUUGGUGCUGGUAGUGGCAUUGCCGGUGGUGCUGGGAUUUUUCUUCUUUCUGCAGUGGUUUUGCUUGGGCACUUGCUGUUUGUCGCUUUGGGGAGUCAGCUGCUGAAAGGAGCUUUUGGUAGAAGGUUCAUUCAACUUCCAGUUUGGCUUGUUGCCAGCAAUGCUGCCGUUGGUGGGCCUUCAACAGCUGCCACCUUUGCUGAAUCACUUUGCUUGACUCAGCUGGUAGUUCCGGCUGCAGUAUCUGACACCUUGGGAUAUGCUAUUGGAACACCAACAGCCUUUGCAGCUAGGCAAAAGCACUCAAGUGGACAUGGGAGCUUGUUCUAG